CAGCUAAAAUUGCCCGUAGUCCCAAGGAGGGGAGGCUACACUUGGGGACACAGGGAACUCCACUGCGUCAUCAAGGAAAACAGUAGCCAUAGAUUAAAGCACCUGCGGAAGGAUGUACUCCUGAGGCAGCGAAGCUUGUUGUCACGAUGAUGGCUGAUUACAGGGGAAGAGAGUGUGGUCAGAGUCCUGCUUCCUGCCUUCCUCAGUAUCUGAGCUGCGGUGACAGCAUUCCUGAAUUAGCCGUCCUUCAGCAAAUGCAUUCUGCCCUGAGGACGGAGAUGUGGCUUCUGAUUCUGGUGGCAUACUUGUUCCAAAGAAAUGUGAAUUCAGGAGGGAUGCCAACUAAAGCGGCGGACCCAGAAGCAUUCAUGAAUGUUAGCGAAAUCAUCCAACAUCAAGGCUAUCCCUGUGAGGAGUAUGAAGUCAUGACGGAAGAUGGCUAUAUCCUUUCUGUUAACAGAAUUCCUCAAGGCUUAACACAACUUAAGAAGACAGGUUCCAAGCCGGUGGUGUUGCUGCAGCAUGGCCUGCUUGGAGACGCCAGCAACUGGAUUUCCAACCUACCCAACAACAGCCUGGGCUUCAUCUUGGCCGACGCGGGUUUUGACGUGUGGCUGGGGAACAGCCGGGGAAACACGUGGUCCCGGAGACACAAGACCCUCUCCAUUGACCAAGAUGAGUUCUGGGCCUUCAGUUAUGACGAGAUGGCUAGGUUUGACCUUCCUGCAGUCAUAAACUUUAUUUUGCAGAAAACCAGCCAGGAAAAGAUCUAUUAUGUCGGCUAUUCACAGGGCACUACCAUGGGUUUUAUUGCUUUUUCCACCAUGCCAGAACUGGCUCAGAAAAUCAAAAUGUAUUUUGCUUUAGCGCCCAUAGCCACUGUCAAACAUGCAAAAAGUCCUGGCACCAAGUUUUUGCUGCUGCCGGAUAUGAUGAUCAAGGGACUUUUUGGCAAAAAAGAGUUUCUGUACCAGACCAGAUUCUUCAGACAGUUUGUUAUCUACCUGUGUGGUCAGAUGAUUAUUGAUCAGAUUUGUAGCAAUGUCAUGUUACUUCUGGGAGGAUUUAAUGCAAACAAUAUGAACAUGAGCCGGGCAAACGUGUAUGUGGCUCACACCCCCGCCGGGACAUCGGUGCAAAAUAUCCUACACUGGAGCCAGGCAGUGAAUUCUGGGGAACUCCGGGCAUUUGACUGGGGGAGCGAGACCAAAAACCUGGAAAAAGGCAAUCAGCCGACUCCUGUAAGGUACAAAGUUAGAGACAUGACGGUCCCCACGGCAAUGUGGACGGGGGGUCAGGACUGGCUUUCGAAUCCAGAGGACGUGAAGACACUGCUCUCCGAGGUGACCAAUCUCAUCUACCAUAAGAACAUUCCCGAAUGGGCACACGUGGACUUCAUCUGGGGCUUGGACGCUCCUCACCGGAUGUACAAUGAAAUCAUACAUCUGAUGAAGCAGGAAGAAACCAGCUUUUCCCAGGGAAUGUGUGGCGUCCGAUUGUGAAGCCGCAGAUACUGACAAGUCUUAGGAGAGGCUUCGUGGAACAGGAGGAUUUUAAUGGAGGAUUUUAAGGAUCUCCAGAAUUGAAAACCUAUCAGUAGAAGUGGGAGGGGGGUGGAGAAGGGAGGACAGAGAAAUAGUACAUAUUCCUUCAGAUUUCCUGCAUUUGACACUAAAACUGACAUUUAAAUUUUUUUUGGCUAAUUAAAUAUUCAUUGGGUGAACAUAGUUUCAUGUGUCAUAUUCUACCAGUUUGAAGGGUAGACUUUACCUGACAGCUAGAAGUUAUCUAGGGUUCUCUAUGUCAUUCAGGUAGAGCCCCUUAAAACGCUAAUUUUUUUCUAUAAGCCAUAUAUUUGGAACAGUCGAGUAAAGUGACUGAUUGGGACAGAGACAGAGGUCUUGAAUCUCUCUAUUGUUGUCACUUGGACAAAAUAAGCUAGACAUUUUUACCUUAUUGCUAUAGAGACAAAAUACUACCUCAGGAAGCUGAGAUGAAGAGAGACAGACAGAAAGAGAGAGAGAGAGAGAGAGAGAGAGAGAG